UGAAAGUUACAAACUUUGAAGAGAUGUCUUCUGAACAAAUGGUGAGCAUUGGGGGAAGUGAGGAAGUGAGGGCGUUAGAAUAUGGUGACAUGAGUAUGACCAGUGAGUCGUCUAACUCGGAGAGGACGGAGGAGGGGGUGGGAAGAGGUGAGGUAGUUGGGGUAGAGGGAGAUAGGGUACCCAUUAUGGUAGUGGAAGUGGAGGGUAUGAGGGAAAUGUGUUAUGAUGUAGAUGCAGAUAUUGUAUCUGAGGUGAAGCAGUAUGAGUCUGAGCUCGGGACCAGGGAUAGCUUGGGUUAUUUAGUUGAAAGUUAUGAAAUUUCUUCCCGAGUUCUGAUUAGGCCUGUUAGGGUAGAAUUGUUGUCAUCUUGGAAGGCUAAGAAAGCCAACCAAAAUAAGUAUAGUUUAAAUGAGGAUAAGGAGGAAGAGGUGGGGAAGCUGGUGAGGGAGGGGGGUAAGUUAGCUAAUAUAAUGUCCUUCACCAGCGUAGAAUGUGUAGAGGCUGCUGAGCUCUAUGGGCCAAGCGCUUUGAGUGAAGCUGAAAUGGAUAAAUUCUUGAAUGCUAUUAGGGGGGUGGCUAUUCCAAAGAAGCCAAGGAAGAAGUCAAAGACUUCAACCAAGGAAGCGGGGGAAGGAGGAGCUGGGAAGGAGUUAGUGCCCAGCACCUCAGCUGGAGUGGAGAAGGUGGUGUCUAGGCUGGAGCUGAAGAGGAAAGGCAGUGAGGAGGUGGGAGCGUUGCAGAGGAAGAAAAAGGUAGUGGAAGAGGAGGUUAGGGGGAGCGAGGUUCUACAAUUCGUACCUCGGCCUCCUCUUGUUGAGCUUGAUCUUGAGCUCAAGGAGUCUAAGGCUGAGGAGGCUGAGGUGAGGGCUCUUGGUAAAGGAAAGGGCCUUUGGAGGUUUAUUAAUGCAACCUUCCCCGAAGUGGACAAGUGUCAAGCAAGGGACGAAGCUCUGAGAUAUUGUGGGGCAACUGUGGUGAAGCAUGUUCUGGAGAAGGAGAAGGAAAAGCUGGAGAAGAAACAUAAAGACAUGCAAGAGGUGCUGGACGAGGUGGUACCAGCAGUGAAGCAGCUUGAGCAGGAGAGGGAUUCCCUGAGUACCAAGCUCGUCUUUGAGGAGAAAAAACGAAAAAUCUCUGAAAGCGAGUGUAAGGCUCAAGAGAAGGAAAUAAAAGCGAUGAAGGAAGCUGUGGUGGAACUGAAGAAGAAUGUUCAGUUGCUGUUGCCCACUGCUAUUCUUGCCUUCACUGACUGCAGAAAGAAGGUGGAAGCUGAAUAUCCCGAAGUGGAUAUUACGAAGAUCACCUUCGGCGAACAAGAGGAAGGAGUGGAGGAAAACAAUGAGAGCAUGUUAGCAAACUUCUAUCCUCAGAUUAAGCUGAGGUGGGAUUGUGAUGCAGAAGGACGCACUGUUUUCCCUCCAAAUUUCGACUUCGAGUUCGUGGCAGUGGAGGAAGAAGAGGCAGAGGUAGAGGAAACUGAAGUAGGAGCAGGAGCUGGAGGAGCUGAAGUGGAUGAGGGUCAGCCACCUCUGCAAGUGGAGGUCCAUCCAGUUCCUUCUGAUGAUGAGCAACCACCUCUUCCAACCAAGUAGCAGCCAACUCAGCCACCUCCUCCAAUAGAGGAAUAAAGAAUUUUUGUUUUUUGAUUUUUCUUAUUUGAUAACGUUGGAACAAUUGAAUAGAUUGUAAUUUUAUUAUUUGUUUUUAAUGAAAAAUUUUGUGUUUA